AUGACCGUUGGUAGUGAUAUUGGCACCGAUGAAACAUCAACAGAGGAGCAAGAUCACCUUGAUCGGAGCAAGAAAAAAGUGAAAGCUACAGAAACAUCUAGUGAGGAACUCCUGGAAAAGAACGAUGAAUUCAAUGAAACUGAGAGAGAACGCAGUGUUGAUUGUGAAGCGGCCUAUCCCUCUUUCGAUGAAGAAAUGAAAAAUAAGAAGGAAACAAAGGCUAAUUUGGAGGAGAAAGGGACAUCAUCGAACCCGAUGGCUAAACUACCUGCUAGCCUCCUUAAAAAAAUAAGGAAGGUGUGGAAUCUACAAGUCGGUUUUGAAACUUUGGAUAUUGGAAAUGGGUUCUUUAUAGUGAAAUUUGAAAUGAUGGAGGAUUACACGAAGGUUUUCACCGGAGGACCUUGGGUAGUGAUGGAUAGAUACGUGAUAGUUCGUAAAUGGCAACCUGAUUUUAAAUUUGAUGAGACAGAGAAGGAUACAAUGGCAAUUUGGGUGCUCGGUACUCCAUUGAAGGUUGAUAUUAGCACUGCCAUGGCAGCACGAGGGAAAUAUGCAAGGGUCUGUGUUGAGAUAGACUUGCAUAAGCCACUUAUUUCGCGUAUCACUAUUGGACGAUACCACUACGUGGUAGAAUAUGAACACUUGCACACGUUGUGUUUUUCUUGUGGUCGUGUUGGCCACCGGAAAGAAAAGUGCACUGAAUUUCCAGUGAUACAGCCGAAGAAAAUGAUACAAAAUGUGAUUGUUACCCAACCAGAAUCUAAUAAUGGACCAGGAACAUCACAGCCCACUGGGCAAAAGAAGGAGGAAAGAUAUAAUUUGGAAGAGAAACAAGGAUAUGGGCCGUAG